AUGAGGGAGCUCACGGCGCCUGGUGGACGCGUCCGGGGUGUCCCGGGACAGGCCACGCCCCCCGACAGCCUCAGGACCCCCUGCAACGUGGGGACCGGGGACCCCUCUGGGCGGGGCCGGGCCACACCCUUUAUGGGAACCGUCUUGCUCUAUUACGGGGCUCCGCCCGCCCUGUGCACGAGACUGACCUUCCGGAAGCGGAAAGGCCUUACCCCAGGGUCCACCAUCAGCACCUGCCCCCUGUGGGCCGCAGUGGGCGCCAUCAAUGUGCAGACCCCCCCUGACAUUCUCCGGGCGGCGCGAGGGAAGAGCGUCACGCUGCCCUGCACCUACUCGACCUCAGCCAACGACCGCGAUGGCAUCUUCCGGUGGGACAAGCUCCUCCGGACUCACACGGAGACAGUGCUCAUCUGGAAGUUCGAAGACCAGCAGCCCUUCUACGGUGAUGGCUAUAGUGGCCGGGUGAACAUCUCGGCCAAGGCCGCCGAGUCGGACGCGUCCAUCACGCUCCAGGACCUCACCAUGGCCGACAACGGCACCUACGAGUGCUCCGUUUCGCUGAUGUCUGACCUGGUCGGCAACUCGCAGGCCCGCGUCCGCCUGCUGGUUCUGGUGGCCCCCUCGAAGCCCAUCUGCAGCAUCGAGGGGCAGACGGUGAUCGGGAGCGACAUCCAGCUGAGCUGCCAGUCGGAGGAGGGGUCCCCGGAGCCGCAGUACAGCUGGAAGAGCUACGACAUCCAGCACAAGGAGCGCGCGCUGGUGCCGCCAGGCACGGGGCAGAUGCUGGUCCUGAAGAACAUCUCCACGGACAUGUCGGGCUACUUCGUGUGCACCUCCCAGAACGAGGUGGGGGUGGAGACGUGCAACAUCACCCUGGCCGUGACACUGCCCUCCAUGAAUGUGGCCCUGUACGCGGGCAUCGCGGGGGGUGUGGCGGCCGCCCUCAUCAUCCUGGGUGUCGUCAUCUACUGCUGCUGCUGCCGGGACGGUGACAGUGAUGCGCAGGACGCCAGGCCGAACCGGACCAUAUACCGGGAGCCCCCGGAGCAGAUGCAAGAGCUGCCCAGGGGGCGGGGCGAGGACAGCCUCCCGCGCCGCGGGUCCCCCAGCCGCUACUAAUGACCGUCG